AUGGAGACGAGUCGUAACAAGUUGCAACAACUUCCUCAUGUUGUUGGUACCCUUACCUUUGAUGAAAAUAAUAAUGUGGUGACAGUUACUGGAAUAGCUAGUGAUAGAAUACUAGAUAUUGAUUCUAUUUCGAAAGUUGAACUAGAUUCAGAAGGAUUUGGCCUAGUCCAAAUAAAUAACUUGAUUUGUAACAUAUACAGACAAGAUAACAACACCGUGGUUAUAUAUCAGGAUAAGAACAAUUAA